AGGGAAGAUGAUUCCAGCGGAGUUUGAGAAGCAAGUACAGAGAGCCAAAGAUGAGGGAGCGUUGCCCUUCAUGGUGAACGCCACAGCAGGGACCACCGUACUAGGGGCCUUCGACCCGCUGGAGGAGAUAGCUGACAUCUGUGAACGACACAAUCUAUGGAUGCAUGUAGAUGCAUGUUGGGGAGGAGGAGCCCUGAUGUCUAAGAAACACAGAUACCUGCUACAGGGCAUUCACAGAGCCAACUCAGUGGCAUGGAAUCCUCACAAGAUGUUGAUGGCUGGUCUACAGUGCUGUGCAUUCAUGGUUCGGGACAAAACGAAUCUUCUCCAGCGGUGUCACUCGGCCCAGGCCUCCUACCUCUUCCAGCAGGAUAAGUUCUAUGACGUCAGCUAUGACACGGGAGACAAGUCCAUACAGUGUAGCCGCAAACCCGACGCCUUCAAGUUCUGGCUGAUGUGGAAAGCCAUCGGUACCAAGGGUCUGGAAGAGAGAGUGGACAGAGCCCUCGCUAUGGCCAGAUAUCUGGCAGAGGAGAUCAAGAAGAGAGAUGGAUUCCGUCUUGUGAUGGAGCCUGAGUACACCAACGUCUGUUUCUGGUACAUUCCUCCCAGUCUGAGGGACAUGACUGAUGGACCUGAGUUCUGGAAAAAGGUCCAUGCGGUGGCGCCAGUGGUUAAGGAGCGCAUGAUGAAGAAGGGCUCUAUGAUGGUAGGCUACCAGCCCCAUGGAGACAAGGCUAACUUCUUCAGACAGAUCAUCAUUAGCCCUCAGGUCAGCAGACAAGACAUGGACUUCCUGCUGGACCAAAUACACAGCCUGGGGAUGGACUUAUGAUCCCACAGAGAAUACCUACAGAAUGGCACCCUAUUCCCUCAAUGAGCCCUGGUCUAAAGUAGGGCACUAUACAGGGAAUAGGGUACCAUUUUGAACAAAGCCCAUGGGUCAUGAAACAGGAGAUCAUGUUUUGAAACUGAGUGAAACGGAAGAGGUGGUACCCCAAACGUCCUAUAAAAAGUUUCCAAACGUCCUAUAAGAAGUUUCCAAACGUCCUAUAAGAAGUUUCCAAACGUCCUAUAAGAAGUUUCCAAACGUCCUAUAAGAAGUUUCCAAACGUCCUAUAAGAAGUUUCCAAACGUCCUAUAAGAAGUUUCAAAAACGUCCUAUAAGAAGUUUCCAAAACGUCCUAUAAGAAGUUUCCAAACAUCCUAUAAGAAGUUUCCAAACAUCCUAUAAGAAGUUUCCAAACGUCCUAUAAGAAGUUUCCAAACGUCCUAUAAGUUUCCAAACAUCCUAUAAGAAGUUUCCAAACAUCCUAUAAGAAGUUUCCAAAACGUCCUAUAAGAAGUUUCCAAACGUCCUAUAAGAAGUUUCCAAACGUCCUAUAAGAAGUUUCCAAACGUCCUAUAAGAAGUUUCCAAACGUCCUAUAAGAAGUUUCAAAAACGUCCUAUAAGAAGUUUCCAAAACGUCCUAUAAGAAGUUUCCAAACGUCCUAUAAGAAGUUUCCAAACGUCCUAUAAGAAGUUUCCAAAACGUCCUAUAAGAAGUUUCCAAAACGUCCUAUAAGAAGUUUCCAAAACGUCCUAUAAGAAGUUUCCAAAACGUCCUAUAAGAAGUUUCCAAACGUCCUAUAAGAAGUUUCCAAAACGUCCUAUAAGAAGUUUCCAAAAUGUCCUAUAAGAAGUUUCCAAAACGUCCUAUAAGAAGUUUCCAAACGUCCUAUAAGAAGUUUCCAAACGUCCUAUAAGAAGUUUCCAAACGUCCUAUAAGAAGUUUCCAAAACAUCCUAUAAGAAGUUUCCAAACGUCCUAUAAGAAGUUUCCAAACGUCCUAUAAGAAGUUUCCAAACGUCCUAUAAGAAGUUUCCAAAACGUCCUAUAAGAAGUUUCCAAAACGUCCUAUAAGAAGUUUCCAAAACGUCGUAUAAGAAGUUUCCAAAACGUCCUAUAAGAAGUUUCCAAACGUCCUAUAAGAAGUUUCCAAACGUCCUAUAAGAAGUUUCCAAACGUCCUAUAAGAAGUUUCCAAACGUCCUAUAAGAAGUUUCCAAACGUCCUAUAAGAAGUUUCCAAACGUCCUAUAAGAAGUUUCCAAACGUCCUAUAAGAAGUUUCCAAACGUCCUAUAAGAAGUUUCCAAACGUCCUAUAAGAAGUUUCCAAACGUCCUAUAAGAAGUUUCCAAACGUCCUAUAAGAAGUUUCCAAACGUCCUAUAAGAAGUUUCCAAACGUCCUAUAAGAAGUUUCCAAACGUCCUAUAAGAAGUUUCCAAACGUCCUAUAAGAAGUUUCCAAACGUCCUAUAAGAAGUUUCCAAACGUCCUAUAAGAAGUUUCCAAACGUCCUAUAAGAAGUUUCCAAACGUCCUAUAAGAAGUUUCCAAACGUCCUAUAAGAAGUUUCCAAACGUCCCAUAAGAAGUUUCCAAACGUCCUAUAAGAAGUUUCCAAAACGUCCUAUAAGAAGUUUCCAAACAUCCUUUAAGAAGUUUGUGAACUUGUUCUCUUAUUUGGUGCCCCAGGGUUGUUUCCGAAGCCUCAGCGUAUCAUCCUUCCAUUGCCCGUCUCCAUAAAGUGCUCCAAUGAGUUCCUGUUCCUUCUGCUCACUAUCGAUUCCAUUUGUAAUUCUGAGGACAGGCAGUGUGUCAGUCCACGAGACUGAGACACAGUAGCUUGUUGACGGUUUGAGGGCUCAACCUCUUUAUUGGAACCAAUUUCAGAUCAAUAAAAAACUCAAUGUCAAUAUCCUUUAUGUUAAUGUGCUUUUUUAGGGUAAUAUAUCAUACUGUUAUAUUAAAAGGGUUAUAUAUCAUACUGUUAUAUUAAAAGGGUAAUAUAUAAUAUAAUAUAAUAUAACUGCUUGUUAGAAAACAAGGCGUGCAACUUUUAGUAAAAGUUGAAAUAUUUGAAGAGAUUUUAGGAGAUACGAUUUUAAGCGAUACCGAUUGAUUGUAAGAGAUUUAUAUAAUAUUAAAAUAUGUAUAUUACUUGAUGAGAUUAAUAUAUAAUCUUUAGAGAAUAGUGAUGAUGUCAGGGAAGAGCUUUAAAUGUAUUUUAGUUCUUUAGUUCUGGAUUUUCUCUUUUGAAGAAUUUUCUUCCACACGCAUUAACUUUUAUGAUUUUAAAAUAAUUUUCAAAAAGAAAUGUAGCACACCUAGUGCUUGGAUACUGUGAGUCCACCUACGUGAAUCAGACAGAUCUUAAAAUGGCUUCCGUUGUUCUGUUUUAUAAUCGGUUUUUUCUUCAGCAACACGUUACUUAAAGCCAACAGAUGAAAUGCUUUCUUACUUGUUUUAAACGGACUCAAAAUGCCUGUUGUUCAGUCAUUACUACGAGACGAUAAUAAGACGAUUUAAGUGGUCAAACCAGUCUUAAUGCAUUACAGCUGCUUUAUAAUGCGUCAUACCAGCUUUAUAAUGCAUCAUACCAGCUUUUUAAUGCAUUAUAACAGCUUUAUAAUGCAUUAUACCAGCUUUAUAAUGCAUUAUACCAGCUUUAUAAUGCAUCAUACCAGCUUUAUAAUGCAUCAUACCAGCUUUAUAAUGCAUCAUACCAGCUUUAUAAUGCAUCAUACCAGCUUUAUAAUGCAUCAUACCAGUUGGCUUAAAAGGAAGGUGUUUUUUUUUGGUAGCUUGCCAUCAAAGAGAAUGGUGUUUACUUUAAACAUGUAUGGAGUUCUGUGUACAAUACUAGGAUACAUGCAUUCUGUAGUAUACAUCAUAUCGUAUUCUUGCAAGACAUUCUGUUUUCUCUUGUUGUUUUGUUUUGUUCCAAUAGCAUUUUGUUCAGAUAUGUUGUCUGAAAAAAGCCUGUAUGUGGGAUUUUUUUUUGUCGAUGGUUCAGCACCAAUGAGGUUUCACUGAGAAUGAUUUAUUUUCUUUAUCAGUGAAAAUAAAACCAUUUGUUUACUGAA